GGAUAGAACAGAACGAAUCAGUCAUUCAAGGCGCACCGCAGGUUUUGGACGGGUUUUUCUCUUCCCUCGCCCAUUCUCGAUUCAGUCGCGUGAUAGUAUUAGUAAUUGGUACACCGGUAAGGUUCGGUUCCCAUGCAACAUGUGGAUUUUUGGCAGUUGAGUUGACUUUAACCUCGUCUGUGAUUUGUUUUACAAUCGGGGCAAGGGCCUGAAGUAACUGCAGUUUAUUUAUUUAUUGUGUAUUUAUUUGCCGCAUGCAAAAUGGGUGUGUUGUUGUAUACAUUAGUACUAGUCGCGUUACUAGCGGUUUUGUGGAAAAUCAGUUCGGUGGCGAGGUACUGGAUAAAAUUUCUGGUGUUUGGACUUACUAGUUUAUUCUCUGCUUGUGGACCAAUCCCCAUAAUGUUGCUGAAGCCCAGAGACAGCAGAAAUGCACUGAUGCCAGCCGCUGGUCUUAGGGCGUGUUGCAGAUUUCUAGGAUUAACUCAUAGCGUAGAAGGUUUAGAAAAUGUAGUAAAAAAUAGUGGAUGUGUGGUAUUAAUAAAUCAUCAAAGUAUGCUAGACUUAAUAGUGUUAGCCUGUCUGUGGCCAGUAAUGGACAACUGUACCGUUAUAUCCAAGAAAGAAAUUUUCUACAUGCAACCUUUCGGGUUGGCGUCGUGGUUGUGGGGUACCAUUUUCAUAGACAGGGUGAACGCAAAAGGAGCUAAAGAUGCUGUUAAUAAUACGGGAGAAACGAUAAGGAGCCGUAAGGCCCGCGUACUUAUGUUCCCGGAAGGUACUCGAAAUAUGUCUAAGAAACUUCUACCUUUUAAGAAAGGGGCCUUUCACUUGGCUAUGGCUUCCCAGUGCCCCAUACAACCUGUGGUAGUGGCCAGAUACUCGUUUCUAGGAAACCAAAGGUUUGAUAAUGGUCAUAUAAGGAUAAAAAUUCUACCUUCAAUUCAAACCGAAGGCCUCACAGCCGACGAUCUCCCAAAGCUGAUGGAAGAGGCGUAUAACGUUAUGUCCGAAAACGUGGAGAAAAUCACUAAAAUCAAUGAGAACAACUGCGAAAAUAAUACUGACAAACUUAAAACUAACUGAGAAAAUAUUACUAACUUAAUUAUUUCGACUGAUUAGAAUAGGUAUUGAUAAAUUACACUCUUUAAUGUUUGUAUGUAUUUUAUAAACUUAUUAAUUAUUUAAUAAAGCGUUGUUAUUAA